AUGGCUUCCCGUAGAGGAGGCAAGUGUCAGACUUUGACGGGCAAGACGUUUCUGCUGUUCACUGACACAAGGACAUGGAGUGACGCGUGGAGUUUGUGCAACAGUCAAGGCUACCGCCUGCUGCAUGUUGAUAACCCAACGACAUUGAAGGCUCUGGCUGCCAAUGACAGCAUAUGGAUUGGUUUGAGCAAGGAAGAGGACUCUCAAGAUAAGUUCUAUUGGGAUGACUGCACUGCCUUGAAUUCCUCCUUCACAAACUGGCAUCGCGAUGAACCAAGGGACCAAGACACAAACGCCUGUGUCUACAUGGACACGGCCACCUUCAUGUGGAGGGCUGACUCUUGCAACAACGACCAUCAGUAUCUCUGUGAGAAAGACACGGGUGCGUGUGUGUACACGUAUGGCACUGCUACCUGUGAAGCUACGUAUAUAUCAAUUUACAGCAAGGUGGAGAAACAAGAGGACUGUGAAGAGUUGUGCAACACUGAGAUGUUAUAUGGCAACUUUUGCUGGAUCUACCUGCAUUUUGUUGGCCAGUGCACUCUGUACUUUGACGAGGAUCCGUUCAGAUGUACAAGUUAUCCUGUCCACACAGACACAUAUGGAUUUCGAAAGUGUUUCAGCUUUGUCACUCAGUCGUCCAGCGGAACCUCAGUAGCCUCCUCCAGAGGUCAUAAAUGUACGGCAGCUACAACUUCCGCCUCGACAUCAGCUACGACCGCUGAUACUGCUACAACCACGAUAUCUGUUGCCACAACCGAUGAUGCUACUACUACUACUAUCCCUACGACAGCUACUACUACUCCCACCACUACCAAUACACUUGCCACAACAACUGAAACGACUACGACCACUGCUACUGACGCAACUACUACCACAUCUGCAACUACUGCUACAUCUGCUUCAGCUACUGUCACCACGUCAUCUGUGACAACUACCGCCACCACUGCAUCUGAUAAAUCCACUGACCUAACUAAAUCCUCAUCUUCCCGACAAACAGCAACGACAGCAACCUCAGACUCUACAACUGCAAAUCCAGGUUUGACAAGUCCCACGAGGGACGGUGCAACCACUUUUACUGCUACAGGUAGUUCUGCAGUGACAAAUAUUGGUUGGCUGAAGACUGCAGCGAAUACCACAUCAACUACAUCGACAACAUCAGCUCCAUCAACAAACACAACUGUUACGAUCGUUCAUGCCGACACUACUACCGUAACUUCCAGAUCUUCGCCAUCGUUGGCAUCACCCUCAUUCACCUCAACAACGCCUAAUGCCGUUAACAGCAACCCAACGUCGUCUUUUGAAACUCCGUCAACGUCCACGGCCAUCGUAACGUCUCAAGUCUCAAAAACAGCAACGUCCUCAAUACAAAGUAGAAACGUCUCCUGCCCCUGCAUGAUCUGCAUCCCGGUAAAGAACAUGACUUUGAUCGACGACUUCGUGAAGGACAUGAUCGACUGGCUGAAAGUUGACCAAUCAACUCUCUCAUCGAAAAGGCGCAUGCGUGAAUCUGAACCGGAUGACAGACCUUCCGCGCAAGUGAUUGGCUAUGGGGGGACCUUGUUCUUGGUGUUCACGUUCAGCAUCGUCGUCAUGGUGGACAUCAGUCGGAUAUGUCAUGUGCGAAACAAGAGGAUGCCAGAAACACAGAAGAAGAAAGAUCCUUAA